UUAUAUUAGUAAUUCUUACUUUUCUAGAUUUGCAUCUACUGUGAAAAUCUGAUGAAGACGACAAGAUGUCUUACCAGCUGACUGAUCGACACAACAGGCAGGAAGACAUAAAAAAAGGACUUGAAUUUAUUCAGUCUUCAUUGUCAUUUGGCACCCAAAAAGAGUAUGAGACUUUUGUGCAAAAACUGAUAAGAAACCUUUUCAAUGAGGGCAAUGACUUGUAUAAAGAAGGAUUCAAGAAUGAUUCCAUAAACCAGUACUCUGAAGCACUUAACCUUGCUAAUUAUGCCACGUCUGAGGAGAUUUUGAUCACCAGCGAGAUACUGGAGAGGUUGCACGUGAACCGUGCUGCAUGUUACUUGGCCAUGGGUUUUCAGGAGGAAGCUUUAAGAGAUUGUGAAGAUGCGUUGUAUAUAAAUGACACAAAUCUCAGAACACUGUACUGCAAGUCUAAAGCCCUGUUUAUACUGGAGAAAUACAAAGAAGCGUAUGAGGCUGUAGCCAAGUGCUCCCUUAUUGCGCCAAAGGAUGAAAGUGUGGUAAAGUUAACUCAAGAACUAGCUAUGAAACUUGGACUGAAAAUUAGAAAAGCAUAUGUCAGGGCUCAGCCUGGUUCACAAGGUACUCACAUGGAUACAACAGAGAAGGCGACAGAUUGUGUUGCAGAUGAACUAGAACCUGAUUUGCCUGAAGUUGAUGACUGUGAAUCCCCUCUUCCAUCCUUCUCCUCUCUCAAUAUUAAUAGUGAACUAUUAAGAGAACCAUCUCCCAUUCCAGUGUCGUCGGUCUCCCCAAGCAUGCUCCCUGUAGCUGUACCUGAAGUGGGACUUUUUCCCUCAGCCCUUGCUAGCUGUGAGACAUCAUCUCUGUUUCCAGUGUCAAAUUUACCUGAUGAAAUAAUUGGAGAUGAACUGGAUCGCAUCCUUGAUUCCGUGCCAAAAUCUAGCAGUCUAUUGCCUCUGCUUAAUAGUGAUUCCUCCCCCCGCCCCAAUAUGCCCUCACUCACUGUGUCUGGUGUUCGAACAGGAAGAGGAGCGCGGAAAAGGGAGGUCCCCUCCUCCAUCCAGACCGCGACCAUCCGCAAGCAGGUUCAGUCGACCAGCAAGGUUUCAUGUGCACUGGAGAAUGUAAAUGAUUCAGGAUACUUUUUCCAAACUGAGAGUUCUGUAGAUGUUUCAGGACCUCAUACAAAAGCAUCUUUGUCGAAAAGCUUUGUUAAUGGAGCGCCAAUGUCCAGUGCGAGCCUUCUGGAAACAGUGAACCCCUUAGAAGAUACACAUGAAUUCAGGCAAGCCUGUCAGCUGUGUUUCACCAAAGCAGGAUCAAAACUUCAAAGCUACAAUUACCAACCCAAACUGGAACAUAAAUGCAAGAAGGACAUUUUUAUUGGGCAGAUUAAAAACUCUGCAGAUGAGUCGUGGAAAAAAAUAAGACCAAGACCAACAAAGAAUCAGUAUGCGGGUCAAUACUAUAUUUGUAAAGAUGUUGCCCAAGGCAUGGAGUGCACAUACUCAGGAAACUGCACGUUUGCAUACUGCCAAGAAGAAAUUGAUGUGUGGACUUUAGAGAGGAAAGGAACAUUCUGUAGGGAGACUCUCUUUGGAGGCAGCAAAAAAGUGAAUCUGACAAUCCCUAAUCUACUGCAGGAGUACUCAGGGAAUUUUGUCUUUCUUUGUGAGAAAUGUUUUGACCACAAACCCAGAAUGAUUAGCCAGCAAAGUAAGGAAAAUCCAUUUACCUGCUCACAUCCUGUAUCCAAGCACAGUUUUAAAGAAAAUAAAUGCCUUGUUCACAUGUUCAAAGAUGCAAUUGUAAAGUAUUGCAAGAUCCGCCCUUUCAACAGUCAGGUUGUGCUUGAUCUUUGUCGCCAUGAGGUACGCUAUGGAUGUUUAAGAGAAGAUGAGUGCUUCUAUGCUCACAGCUUGGUGGAGCUCAGGGUCUGGGUCAUACAGAACGAGACAGGGAUUACAUUUGAUGAAGUUGUGCUGAAAUCUCAGCAAUUUUGGGCACAUGAGUCCAGUGCACUUAAGCCUCAGCUUUUGAACGUGCAGAAUAAUCCUGAGCUUCCAAAUUUGAACAUUAAGUUUGUGUGUGGACAGUGCUGGAGAAACGGACAAAUCAUUGAAGCAGACAAAAACAGAAAGUAUUGUAGUGCAAAGGCAAGACAUUCAUGGGUAAAUGAUCGUCAGGUUGUGUUAGCGAUGUCCAAUGAACGGAGUGGUGGAAGGCCUUCAAAGAAGUGGAUAUCUAUCAGACCAUGUCCUACAAGAAAGCCAUUGCCAGUUCAAUUUGAGCUGUGUCAUCAUAUAGUGACUGGCAAAAAAUGCCAGUUUAUAGGAAAUUGUGCCUUUGCUCACAGCCAAGAGGAGAAAGAAAUAUGGACAUAUAUGAAGGACGUAGGCGUUCAAGACAUGGAAAAACUGUAUGAGAGACUGAACAGUAAAAAGACUGACAGAGGAAAUGAAAUGUCCAGUCAAGCCAAUAAACAAAUUCACCUGCCCACUGACUAUGCAGAAACCACGGUUGAUUUUCAUUGCUGGCUUUGCGGAAAGAACUGCAAUAGUGAGCGUCAGUGGAAAAUGCACAUCUCAUCAGAAAAACAUAAAGAUAGGGUAUUCCACUCUGAGGAUGACCAGCACAUCUGGCAGCACCGCUUCCCUAAUGGAGUUUUCAGCGUCUGUAAAAGGUUCUUAUCUGGCGCCUGUCCAGAUGGAGAAAAAUGCAGAUUUGCCCAUGGAAAUGCUGAACUUCAAGAGUGGGAAGAAAGAAGUAAAGUUCUAAGACAAAAACUUGAUAAAGCACGCAAAGAUCAGCUGAUUAGUGCAGAUGAUAAUGACUUUAGAGAAUAUAGUUUUUUGAUUAAUGCUUUCAAUUAAACAGCCGAUUACUCUGAGAAUGAAAUGCUACAUUGAUACAAAUACAAUACAAUUUGAAAAAAGCUCCUAAAAUUGUUAAAACAGCAAUUAUUGUGCCUCUUGAUGCUCUGAGACCUUAUGCAGAACUGUGCGUGUUUCAAUGAGUCAGUAUCUUGUACCGAGAGGAUCACAGUUAUUUUGACAUAAAAAAUGGAGCAAAGGAGCAUUAUAGAAAGGUGCCUUGAGUGAGCUUAGCAGAAAGAUUACUUGGUAUAGUGGAUUUUAAUAUUAAAAAUCUAAUCUGUCUCUAAUAAAAUUUAAGGGGAGUGGUUGUAUUUUAAUUUUUCUUUCCUGGAAGGUUUUUGAUCACCUAAUCAUAUACUUGCUCUACCAAUAGCCAAUAUCAGUUACAGCAGUUGUCCACCAACAUUGAAAUACUAAUUUUAUUUACUUAAGACAAGUUUGCUGUAA